CCACGUGGGACCAAGAAUGAACCAAUACCUGUUAGAAGGGGUGUGGCCAAUGAAACGUCGCUGCGAUCAAGCGGUCAUGCUAGCCGAGCUAGUCGUUUAAACAGUUUUACGAACGAAUGGCUAACAACUUGAGUAUUAUUUCAAACGAGUAGUUUUUUUUCUGGCUGACAUUGGUACAAGUUAUGGAAACGUGAAUUUAUAUGUAAAAGUUGCUGCUUUUUUGUGUGCCAAGAGGACCCACUAGAUUAGCUUACUUGUUGAGCUAGCCUUCGGAGCUAGCUAGCGCGGCCAUCACGAGCAACACAACAGAUAAAGAGUCCAGUUCAGAAGUAAACGCUCGGACACGCAAGAUCUCUGCCACCAUCAUGGAGAAGGCUGAUUUCUUGAAAGGACUUCCAGUCUACAAUAAGAGCAACUUCAGCAGGUUCCAUGCAGACUCUGUUUGUAAAGCAUCUAAUCGAAGGCCUUCUGUAUACCUUCCAACACGAGAAUAUCCUUCUGAACAAAUAAUUGUAACAGAGAAGACCAACAUCCUCCUGCGUUAUCUCCAUCAGCAGUGGGACAAAAAGAACGCAGCAAAGAAAAGGGAACAAGAGCAAGGCGAGGGGGACAGUCCUGCACCCCCGAGGAAGAUUGCCAGGACGGAUAGCCAAGAGAUGAAUGAGGAUUCAUAAAAAUGAAUAUGCGCAUGUUUGUGUGUGUUUUUGGGAGAAAGAGAAGUGUAUCUGUCUGCACAGGGUUUAGCCAAGAAAAUGCAAUACAAAGACUAAUUCUAGUGAAAGAAAAAGUUGUAGCUUUUUUGUGUCACGAGGCAACAGAAAUGUUAUUGUCCUGAAAUGACCCUCAGCGGUUCAGUGAAAAGGACUGGAGCAGAAGACAUUUGAAUUUCUCUGAUUGUUGUUGACACUGAAAGGUUGUCGAUGUAUCGCAUGUGGGUAAACUACUGCUGUUCUGAUAAUGUUGACUGUUCCUUGUGUGGACCAGAAUACACUUGUUUGCAUGCAGGCUAAGCUGUGUGAAUGAGUGAGUGAGUGUGUGUGAGUGUGUUGUAUGUGUUGUGAGUGAAUAGUCUUAAGAAGUGGGUAGAUUUCAGAGUCAGACAGCAAAAGUCUCACACUACUUUUAAAAACUUUAACGUGUAGCCUUCUGUGACCUGGAGAGUCUGAUCUGUGUGAACAUUUUGUUACGAUUUUAAUUUUAUUAUUACUUGUUGUUGUUUUUGUUUGGCAAUGAGCUUCCUGCCAGCCACAGUGCCCACCCUCUGAGUUUCACUGCCCAACUCUGCAGCCACUUGGGGGCAUUGCAGCAUUUCUCCACCCCAUUAAAAUCUACAGAACCAGGAAUGCACUGUGACGAAGAGCACAAAGUAGAGACAACUCUUCCCGAAUGCUCCAUAAGUUGUGUUUGUAGGGUGAAUCUUCAUAUCAGCAUUCUCAAAGGUAAAAUGCGUUUUAGUUUUUGGAAAUAUUUCUCACGUAUAGCACCAUCUUCUGGUUGAAAUGAGAUAUUGGAUUUUCUAAAAUCUUUUAGCGAAAAGUGCUAAAGAGUAAAAAUGGGCUUGAUAACAGCACAGAAACUACUGAAAGUGAAGAAAAGGUAAAAAGAAUGCCUCCUUUUGUUGAAUCUAUCAGAGCUAGAGUCAUCAGCAAUGUCUCUACCGUUUUUGUUAAACAUAAUGAAGACAAACACCUCGUUGCACAGCGGAUGUAAUCUUGUAUUGCAUGUUGAUCCCUUCACAGCUGGACUUGUUUGGACAGAGACAAGCUGAGGGGUUGCUGGGGUUGUCUGUCUGGUGUAGUUCUGGACGCUUGAGGCCUUAUAAGUUCUCUUUCUGGUUUGGAUCCUUUUGCUCCCAAAGGUCUUUAGGUGGCUGCUCUGUCUGUUUGACAAUCCUGGAAGAUUUCUGUCAAAGAGCUAGGACAGGUGACCGCAGAGGGUGUUCAUAAUUUCAACCAUAGAUGCACGAUAAACAUAGAUAGCUUUUCCUGCCCUGCCCCUUGGAUUCACUCUGUUUUUCUUUAGGCUGCAACAUUGAUUACAAUUUCUUUUUCCAAAUUCUUAUCGCUGCCCAGCAGUUACUAAAUUUUGUCCCUUCUCAGUUUGUGCAAUGAGGAUCUACCCAACAUUGUAAAUACCGUUUUCUACACAUGAAACCAUGUUCUGCUUUCGCUCUGAUGGACUGUUCAACUACACCCUAAGCCUUGCCCCCAUCCAGUGUUAGUUCUGAUGUCCUUUUUAGCUUUGCUCAAUAAAAACUGGAUUCAAAAUGGA